CCCCUCCAAAUCAUUGGAUUCAAGUGUUCCAAUCACCUCCAUGGUCACAGAUGUAUAAAAUCAAGCAUCUAGGCAUGCAGACUGCUUCUACAAACAUUUGUAAAAGAAUGGGUCGCUCUCAGGAGCUCAGGGAGUUCAAAUGUGGUACCGUGAUAGGUUGUCACCUGUGCAAUAAGUUCAUUCGUGACAUUUCCUUGCUACUAAAUAUUCCAUGGUCAACUGUUAGUGGUAUUAUAACAAAGUGGAAGCAAGUGGGAACAAGAGCAACUCAGCCACGAAAUGAUAGGCCACAUAAAAUGACAGUGCUGGGUCAUCGCAUGCUGAAGCGCACAGUGCACAGAAGUCGCCAACUGUCUGCAGAGUACAUAGCUAAAGACUUCCAAUCUUCAUGUGGCCUUCAGAUUAGCACAACAACAGUGCAUAGAGAGCUUAACUGAAUGGGUUUCCAUGGUUGAACAGCUGCAUCCAA